AUGUAUCACUCUCAAUCCGCCAUCAAACCUAUUCUCAUCGUCUCCACCAAAGAUGCAGUGAUCUCCAGUCUCCCACCGAAGAUGCUGAGCAGAUCUGGAAAUCGCUAUCUCAACCCGUCUUGUUGGCCAAGUCGUCACUCCUGUCCUCAAGUCUCUGCCGGUACUUCUCUGGCGAUGAACCCCCAAGCAGUAUCUUCCCUAGCGCCACUUCUUCAGCGUCAAACCCCCACACUUGAUCUGGGUUUUGGAUAA